AAGUUCUCAGUAAAGUAGCCCCACGCCGAUACAACGCUGCUUGUAUUUAUAUAUCCAUCUGGCUGUGCUGAGGUACAUUUCCAUGGCUGCAUUGCCAUCUUCUUCUCACUCUCUCUCUCGUUUCUCUCCCUGUUCUGUCUCUGUGCUUCUUCUACCAUGACGAAGAAGAUAGCUUCUGGGUUCUCAGAAAAACCCAACAGCCUCUCAGAUUAAGCCGUUUCAGUUGGUUUUCAUGCUUGCGAAGGCUACAAUCUUCGGGCUUAGCUAACCGGUGCAUCAUCUCCUCAAAACCUUUGUUCUGCUUUAACUGUAAGUCUGUAAUCAUGAUGGGUUAUUUCGUAAAUUUUGAUUUUCCAUUUUAAGAGUUUUCGUUGUUGAUUGGCGGCGAAUUCGCCUGGAAAGGGAUUAAAGGUCUUAAACAUGGCGAUGAGCAAGUUGAAGCUGGGGGUGGAUGUGGUCAGCGCACACGACCUUGUGCCGAAAGACGGCCAGGGCUCAUCCAGCGCAUUUGUGGAGGUUCACUUCGAUGGUCAGAGGUUUCGUACCACGAUCAAAGAGAAGGAUCUAAGCCCUGUUUGGAAUGAGAGCUUCUACUUCAACAUCUCCGACCCAUCCACCCUCCCCCAUCUCACACUUGAUGCUUAUAUCUACAGUAGCAUCCAAGCCACCCACUCGAGGUCCUUCCUUGGCAAGGUUUCCAUCAAUGGCACAUCGUUUGUUCCAUACUCGGAUGCUGUUAUCUUGCACUAUCCACUGGAGAAGCGCGGGAUCUUCUCGCGUGUCAGAGGAGAGCUUGGCCUUAAGGUCUAUAUUACAGAUGAUCCAUCCAUUAAGUCCUCUAGCCCUCUCCCUGCAGCCGAGGAUGCUCAAGCACAUAACCAACCAGUUCCAAGUCCUGUGCCAAGUGCUUUCUCGAAUAUCAAAAAAGAUCGGUCGAGGCAUACCUUCCAUCAUCUUCCUAAUUCUGGUCACCACCACCACCAGCACCAGCCGCCUCUUGCUCCUGCCGUUGCAGGACCCCAUCAUGAGACCAAGUACGGGGUUGAUGAGAUGAGAGCUGAAGCGCAGCCUCCAAAACUCGUCAGAAUGUACUCUACUUCGUCGACUCAACCAGUUGAGUUUGCACUUAAAGAGACGAGCCCAUUCCUUGGAGGAGGUCGCGUUGUUGGGGGCCGUGUACUUCGAACAGACAAGGCUGCAUCAUCGACUUACGACCUGGUUGAGCAGAUGCACUUCCUCUUUGUAAGGGUUGUCAAGGCGCGGGAUCUUCCUGCCAUGGAUGUCACUGGAAGUCUCGACCCAUUCGUCGAGGUGAGAAUCGGGAACUACAAAGGGAUUACAAAGCACAUUGAGAAGCAGCAAAAUCCGAUGUGGAAUGUGGUCUUUGCCUUCUCGAAAGAACGGAUGCAAGCAUCUCUGCUGGAAGUUGUGGUUAAGGACAAGGAUCUGGUUAAGGAUGACUUUGUUGGGCUUGUAAGGUUUGAUCUCAAUGAGGUGCCUAUGCGGGUGCCACCAGAUAGCCCGCUGGCUCCAGAGUGGUACCGACUCGAGGAUAAGAAGGGAGAAAAGAUCAACAAGGGUGAGCUGAUGCUGGCUGUUUGGGUAGGCACUCAGGCAGAUGAGGCCUUUCCUGAUGCAUGGCAUUCUGAUGCAGCUGACAGCUUGGCGGCUGCCAGUACAUUCAUACGUUCCAAGGUUUACCAUGCUCCGCGAUUGUGGUAUGUUCGUGUUAAUGUUGUGGAGGCACAGGACUUGGUACCCACAGAGAAAAGCCGCUUCCCUGAGGUGUAUGUGAAGGCGCAGAUAGGCAGCAACCAGGCCAUGAGAACGAAAGUUGUUCAAGCCCGGACGUUCAAUCCAGUCUGGAACGAGGAUCUCUUGUUUGUUGCCGCUGAACCCUUUGAAGAUCACCUUGUGCUUACAGUUGAGGACCGCGUGGGUCCUGGGAAAGAUGAGAUCAUUGGCAGGGUCAUCAUACCCUUGAGCAUUGUGGAGAGGCGUGCUGAUGACCGGAUCAUCCAUUCCCGUUGGUUUAACCUGGAAAAGCCGGUUGCUGUGGAUAUGGAUCAGCUGAAGAAAGACAAGUUCGCGAGCAAGCUUCACCUCAGGGUCUGUCUAGAUGGGGGCUACCAUGUGCUCGACGAGUCGACCCACUACAGUAGCGAUCUCAGGCCCACUGCAAAACAGCUCUGGAAACCGUCGAUUGGGGUCUUAGAGCUUGGCAUCUUGAAAGCUGUCGGGCUACACCCUAUGAAGACAAGGGACGGGCGGGGAACCUCAGACACUUACUGUGUAGCAAAGUACGGCCACAAAUGGGUCCGGACGCGCACCAUUGUGGACAAUCUCUCUCCCAAAUACAACGAGCAGGACACUUGGGAGGUUUUUGAUCCGGCAACAGUUCUCACUGUUGGUGUCUUCGACAAUAGCAGCAGCUCAAACGGUGGCAGCAGCAGCAAGGACUUGAAGAUUGGCAAAGUUCGUAUUCGCAUAUCAACGCUUGAAACAGGGCGCGUUUACACGCACGCUUACCCUCUGCUGGUUCUUCACCCGCCAAAUGGUGUCAAGAAGAUGGGGGAGCUGCACUUGGCAAUUCGAUUCUCCUGCACAUCCUUUGCAAACAUGCUCUACGUAUACUCGCGCCCCCUGUUACCCAAAAUGCAUUACGUGAGGCCUUUCAGUGUGGUGCAGCUGGACAUGCUCCGGCACCAUGCCGUCACCAUAGUGGCUGCUCGGCUAGCUCGAGCAGAGCCACCGCUUGGCAAGGAGGUGGUGGAGUACAUGUCUGACGUCGACUCUCACCUCUGGAGCAUGCGAAAGAGCAAAGCCAAUUUCUUCAGGCUAAUGUCGGUCUUGUCUGGGCUGUUUGCUGUUGGGCAAUGGUUUGCGGGCAUUUGCAUGUGGAGAAACCCUGUCACAACAGUCCUUGUUCAUGUACUCUACAUCAUGCUCGUUUGCUUCCCUGAACUGAUUCUUCCCACAUCCUUGCUUUACAUGUUUCUUAUUGGGCUAUGGAACUUCCGGUACCGGCCGAGGUGCCCUCCCCACAUGAACACUAAGAUCUCACAAGCAGAGGCUGUACACCCCGACGAGCUGGACGAAGAGUUUGAUUCAUUUCCAACCUGUCGCAGCCCUGAGCUGGUGAGAUUGAGAUAUGAUCGACUCCGAAGUGUGGCUGGCAGGAUUCAGACAGUUGUUGGUGAUAUUGCUACUCAGGGUGAGCGAUGCCAGUCGCUGUUAAGCUGGCGAGAUCCACGCGCCACCGCCAUCUUCCUCACCUUCUGCCUUGUCGCUGCCAUACUCUUGUAUGUCACUCCUUUCCAGGUGGUGGCGGCUUUGGCAGGGAUUUACAUCAUGAGGCAUCCCAGGUUUCGCCGUCGCCUCCCCUCCGCGCCCAUCAACUUCUUCCGCCGGCUGCCUGCCAGGCCCGACAGUAUGCUGUAAUUAAGCCUUUCUUGGACUUGGGCUUACUGAAUUAAUCAUCCAAUGUUGAUGUAAUAUGCCUCAAUAUCUGCAUAAACUGAGGAUGCUGAUGUAGCUGCAAAGUGCCUGCAGGGGGCCCCAAGGCAUGAGGUGGAAUAUUCAGAAUGAAAGAUGAGCUGGAAUGGAUGUUAGACAUGCCACGUUUUCUGGUUUUGACCUGGUUUUUAGGUUUCUGUUAUUGAAUCUUAGUUGUUGUUAUUUUUAGCUAAUGUAAUCUCAGUUCAUGAGAUCAUGGGUAGUUUAUUUUUUAUCUAAUGUAAUCUCAGUUUAUGGGAUCAUCGGUAGUUUUUUUU